AUGGCACUAUUUGAAGAAAGCAAUGAGGUGGACAACACAGGAACGUGGUACUUCGACAGCGGUUGUUCCAGACAUAUGACUGGCAUGAAAGAAAAUCUGCAGGAUGUGAAGCAGUUAAAAGGAGGAAAGUGUCAGCCAACUUGCGAUGAAGGUUUAACGGUCUGGUUCAACAAGCUAGAGUGUAAAGCCAUUGAUGCUGACGGAAAGCAGUUCUACGAGGAGUUCGUUCAGGCAACAACUGCUACAUGUGGGAUCAAUCUGCAAAAUGCCUAA